AAAAAGAAAGCCGGUGCUGCCUCGACGCGUUCGAAGUCGCGGGCCAGCCGCUCGGCCCGCCGUGGCUCGAAGAGCAAGAAGAAGGCGCCGCGUGACGGAAGCGCCAAGUCGGCGAAGAGCAAGAGCAAGAGCCGCGGAAAGAGCGCCAAGCCUGGCAGCAGCAAGUCCAAGAGCGCCCGAUCCAAGUCGCAAUCCCGCAAGAAGUCCAGCUCGUCGAAGCCGAAAUCCACGGCUCUGGCCGCUGCCGGAAAGCUGAAGCCCUCCGAUGAAUCGUCGAAGAGCCGCCGGUCUUCGAAGAGCAAGAAGGAUAGCAAGUCGAGCAAGAGCAAGAAGGCCAAAGACUCCUCCAUCAAGAGCAAGAAGGAAAAGUCGGCUAAGAGCGUGAAGAGCGCCAAGAGCAAGUCUGGCAAGAGCGUCAAGACGCUGGCUAUUUCCGGCGCGGGCCCGAAGACGCAGGGCAUCACCAUCCAAGAGACGCAGCUCAACUGGAAGGCGACCGGUGGCCUCGGCAAAUUCAACCUGCACAACACCGACUCGACCACCAGGGCUUUCAAGGUUAAAACUAGCGACAACCUGCUUUACCGCGUUGCCCCCGUCUAUGGAGUGAUCAAGGCUGGAGAGAAGAUGGAAGUGCAAGUGAUGCGCAAUAAUGGUGCGGCCAAGGUGGACAAGCUCGUCGUUCUGUCGAUGCCCGUGGCCGGCGAGCUGGGCGGCGAGGAGGCGUUCAAGCAGCCCGGCGCCAACAAUAACAACUUCGACUUGGCCCUGCUGCCGCUGGUCACCUCGUCU